AUGGAUGUCGUGAACAGACCGUUGCCAAAAGAUUUCAUCAGCACAAAGAAAAAGGGCGCUCCAAUUUUAUGGAUCGCUAGGAAUUGUAGAGCUGUCAAUGGGAGAGAAGCCUAUAUUGCCAAGUUAAGAGAAUACGUCAACAUUGACAGUUACGGUGGUUGUUUGAACAAUAAGGAUUUCCCAGUGGAUAAAUCCAGAAUGGAAUUAUUGGCAGAAUAUAAAUUUUACUUGGCUGCAGAAAAUUCCAACUGCGAUAAUUACGUGACGGAGAAAUUGUCAGAUACGAUAUCUAUGUCUGCUGUACCCAUUGUAGAUGGACCUCCUUCUUAUGAAGGUUAUGUUCCUUCAGACAGAUCCAUCAUUCAUAUGGACGCCUAUCCUGAUCCCCGAGAUUUAGCAGACUAUAUCAACUAUCUGGAUCGAAAUGACACAGCCUACUUGGAAUACUUGUCCUUUCGUCGCGACGCAAUCAAUAUCCCAGCCAAAGAAAGAUUAGAUCCAGCCUUUAUCAGUAAUUGGAGUGACACCAUAGAAUAUACCAAAACAUCCAGUUACUGCUCCAUAUGCCGUGGUAUGAUACCAUGGUGGAAAGCCAAACAGGAUGGAGAGUCCUACCAUGAGCCGAAUAAAGAUGUCUUUCGCGUGGAUGAUUCAUGUACGGACGCUGGAAAAUGGAAUUAUAUCACACAGGGACCACCGUAUAUACCCAGCUGGAUACCACGCGCGCGAGAUGAAUUUACCAGGCCUGAUUUUUAUGCCCUUAUAAGUAAUAAUGGAUCGACGUUAGCUAAUACUACCACCAUAGAGGAGGUGGUCAACGAUAAAGGGGAUGCGGUUAUGAUUGCAAAUGGUUCGUUUAUUUUAUUAUAUAUUGUAUUUAUCUUGGUGUUGUUACGGAUAUCGAAAAAAUCUCAAACGAAGAAUAAUAACGUAGUUGAUCCGUUACUAUAA